AUGGCAUUUGGAUCUUGUGGAUUUGGAAGCACUAAAAUUAUUGUAAAUGCAGAUGAUGGGUUUUACUCGGAUAUUAGAGACCAGGGCAUUGUUUCUUGUCUUUCAACAGUAGAUCGUGGAGUAUCGGACGUUUCAGUUCUAAUGAAUGGCGCAGUUGCAAAAAGUCUGCUUUCCUGUCCAGAUCAUAAAAGAUCACAAAUAUCCUCACUGUUCUCACAUAUCUCGCGGAAUAGACACAUCCCAGGUUUGCACUUUAACUUGACCGAAGGAAAACCUUUAUCCAAGACGAAGUUUGUACAAAGCUUACUGAAUGAUCAUGGCUGUUUCCUUGGUAAGCAUGAAUUUCGAAGAAAUUUGGUGUUCUCUAGCAUUCACAUGAAUGAAGUUGAAUUUGAACUGGAAUCACAAAUAAAUGCAUUUCGAGAUGUUUUUGGAACUAUUCCCAGUCAUUUCGAUGGUCAUCAACAUGUUCAUGUUUUGCCAGGGGUUGACGUGGUCGUAGCUAGAGUUAUCUCUCGGCUUGACAUUAAAUGGAUUCGUGUUCCCAUUGAAUAUAUUCCAGAAACAUCCUGUUGUAUUACUGAAUCUGAAAUAAAUUUUUAUAGAGAAGUAUCUGAUCAAGCAAUGAAAGCAAAGGAAAUAUUUUCAUCUUAUGGUUUAAAAUAUACUCAAAAAUUUAUUGGAAUGGCGCUGAUGGGAAAAAAUCAAACAAUAGAAUCAUUGGAUCGGUCUUUAUCAUCUUUUGAAAAUUGUAACAAUGUCGAAUUUAUGGUUCAUCCUGGUUAUAAAACAAUAAAACAUACCAACGAAUCUAAUAAUCUUGAAGGUUGUGGAGAUCCUGAUGGUCCUGAUUUAUUUUCACAAUCAAGUGAUCGAGAACAUGAAAUGUUUUUUCUUACAAGUGAUAAAUUUAAAGACUAUUUAAUGGUACAUAAAUAUGGACUUUUGACAUUUUCCGACUUAUCAUAAAUCCAUAGUUUAUUUCCGUUAUUGUUGUUACUAUUGAAAUUAUAAUUCUUACUUCAUUAAAGAAGAAUAAACGUAUCAAUUUACAAUAGUAAUAAGCAAUUUAGCUUUGUUAUGUUAAAUUAUUCAAGACGCGAUUAUUCCAUUUUAUGAUUAUAUUUUCAUCUUAUCAACUUUAGACAAAAUUGUUCGUCUAUUUGUUUUAGACAGAUUAGAUGUUAUUUAGGACACAAAAACUCUUUGAAGUACAUAUUAGGAUAACUGAAUCAUUGUGUAAUUCGAAUCUGUUGCAUAUUUUAUAUUAUCUUGAUGUUUCUAUAGAUACUGAUCAUUCAUUUCAUAUUUCGUAAUGUUUCGUAGAAGUGAAUGUUUAUACUCAAGACCCGUAAUCGAUAACAUGGAAUGCUCAAUGUUAGGACUUUGAUAUUUUGCUAUGAAUAAUCAACUUUCCUAUAUUCUUUGACGUUUAGUGAUUUUUGUUAGUAAUUUAUAAUAUGACUUAAUAAUUUAAAACAUAAUUUUUCUUAUUAGAAACUGAAAUAUCAUUUUUUGUGACGGGCGUUGUCCGAAAUCUGAUACUGAUACACUGUGUGCUAAACACUAACCGCUCAUUUGACUAAUCCAGCGAGAACACAAGAAUGGACGCGAAAGUAUAUUGGGCUACCAAAUGAGAUGUAAAAAUACUCAUUUAUAUAUAUACAACUCUAUCUCAUAGGAAAUCUAUCCAUUUCUUAGGCAAUGUAAUGCACUUGUCUUUUAGAUCACUUCUAAUUGCCAUCGAUUGACCUUCUCAUUUAGCUAAUUCUGUUUUGUUUGUUCACAAGAAUCUUUACCAGAUACUCCAUAUCGACCUGUUGCUCAGUGAAUAAUGAGUUCGACUUGAAACCACUAAAUCGCUGGUUUAAACCCCAUUCCACCUUCUACAGUUUACUAGCUUCACAUACUUAGAAUGUAGUUUAAAGCCAAGUGAGUGAAUCUGCUUUUGAAAAAGAAGUAAUUUGGUACGGCAGUGCUUCCUGAUCUGCUAAGUUAAUCAGGUAGGAAUUAAAGCAGUUGCCCAUGCAUGACAAUUAAAAAUUGACUGGUCUUAUCAAACACUAAGCACUGUAUUUCUAUAAUGUGGUUCAAUGAAACACCUACAUAUCCUGGCUUCUAAGUCAUCUGUUUUGGUGAGUUUUCAUUCCUAAGAAGUCUCAACCCAUUCGAAAAAAAUAGCAAAUUGAUGUUCCGCAGUCUUUAUAGUCUUCAUCUGAAAACAUGUUCGUAGCAAUUAGUCAAUCAAGAAACUUCAAAGGGACCUCAUUCCUAUGUCUUUUUGAGAAUAUGUUUAAAGUAGGAAUGAUAGACAACCUUUUCUUCCCAGUUUUUCUAACAAUGAGUGAACUAAAUAUGGUAGCGAAAUCGCGCGUUUUUAUUUACAAUCAACGAUAAUUUAAUUUUUCAGAUAUUCUGUUAUUUAUAUUGUGGCAUUAAGAGGUUAUUGAGUAGAACAAUAAAGUUCAGAUUUAUUUUCAUAAACAAACGAAUGGUGUUUAGUACACUGUAAAAAACGUUUAGUAAUCUACUUCAUCAGUGUGAAAAAAAUAUUCCAUCGGUUACCCAAGUCUGUAGGUUGUGAAAUUUCUAUAUGUAAAUGAAUCAAUGUAUUUUGUCAGUCAAACAGUCAUUAGUCUAAAAACUGAAAAACACAUUUAUGAAUAAAUAUCAUUUUUCAUGCAUUAGUUUACUUGAAAGAUUAUUUUUUUUAAACUGGUUACGAAUCGCUUACGAUUUCCAACUUGCCUAGAUUGUUCAUAACAUUUUUUAAACAUUUGUCCAAGACAUUUUCCCUCAUCAUUUGCAUUUUCUUAAAAUUUAUUCUUUGUCAUUAAUUUUGAUUUAUCUGUUCAUCAAUUCACUAACCAAUUUGUAUGUAUUAGGUUUUAUUUCUUCUAGUCCUUUUGUAUCACCAAGAUCAAUAAUUUAUUUUGUUAUUCACCUUUCUCAUGAUUUGAUAUUUUUUAUUUGUAUUAUGGCAUUUAAUCUCAAUGAUUCUCGUGGUAAAAAGAUAAACUUUUUAUUGGUAUAUAUAUAGUGUACGUCAAAUAUUGUUCAGUAUUCGAUUCUCUGACCUAAACGGAAAUGAAUAUUAAUUUGGACCUUCACAUUUUAAUUGUUGUUAGUUAUUUGAUAAUCUAUUUUCUUCUUCAGAAUGAAGUGAUAAAUGUUUUUCUUUUAGUCUCCUUUAUGACGAGUUCUUAGAAAAUUUACUUAUUUUGACAUUAAUUUUGAAAUUUUCUGGCUAUUAUCUUUCAAUUUAGGUCAUACAUUUUUGUUAAAUUACUAAACAUUCAAGACACUUUAUCUAAGUCGCAAUAAAUUUACGUAUUGGGGAUUUUCUACCAUAUUUUGUUUAAAAUUGCAACGUUGUCUUAAUGGUUAACCUAUUUUGGUCGUAGGUUCAAAACUCAACUCACUUAAAUUUAUCUGGCCAGUCAUAUUGUAUUACUGGCUAAAACUCGAGUCUAUGUACAGGUUGUCAGUAAACCAAUUUGCCUAAAUUUUGUUAUAUUUGUUAGAAAGUUUUGAUUUCGAUCAUUUAAAUGUUUACAAAGAUUAUUUAAUAUUUAAUUAUUUUUCUUGCCUUUAAUCUAAAACACUAGAUUUAGUUCUUAUAGAAAAGUAGAUUUAAUCUCUGUUUUAUUCAUCAAACUCAUUUCAUUCUUGAAUUUCAUAAUUGUACAUUCUUUUUUACUAAUUUUGUAGAGUAUCAAGUUUAUAUUGUUUGUAGUAAAAUAUCUAGUUACCUAUGCUGAUAGAAAAUUAUGUUUUUUAUUUCACCGCAUUCAUAUUGUUCGUAAAUCAGGAGAAUAUUUGAUCUGUGAAUUUAACAGCUUAGUCUGAUAAAAGACUCAUGAUUAUAUAUUAGGGAUUGAAAAUGGAUUGCAGCUACUUGACGUUUUUAUUAAUACACCCAUUAGGUUAUUUCAUUUACCAUCAGGAGAAAUAGUUAUUUAAUCAUAAUGAACAUAAAACCUGGUAACAAGGUCAUCGUUGGUAAUCCAUGAAGUGUGUGUAUGGUUAAACAAUUUUAUUUAUCCUUCCACUUGAGAAGAUGUACUGUCCCAUGAAAUCGCGAUUAUUUAUUGGAAAAGCUCUACUGCCACCAUAACAAGAAUUGUUUAAUAUCAAGGAGUCACCCUCAUGCCUGGAGCUAUUUAUUUAUAAACUUGUCGUUUCCUGCUAAUCCAGUCCAAACAAGUUUGAUUUACAGUUUGACUUUGUACAUAGAAUCUUAUAAUGUUUAUCGAAAUUCUUAUGUUACUGAAAAAAUAAACGAAAUAAGACAAAACUUGUUACGGUGAGCUGUUAGCAUAGGCAGUAUAAUAGUAUAAAGGACACAUGAAGAUGAGAAACGAUCAAGUAAUCACCAAUAACGUAUAUCACUUUAGUGCUUCAUAUAGACUAAAUGCAAAUAACUGUGAGAUGAGAUAAAAUACAAAUGAUUUUUUAUAAUUACUUCAAUUCAUUUAAGAUCCUUCAUCUAGAUACUUUGAAAUAUAUGUCAGGCACCAUGAUGUGGCUUCAUGCAGUAUGUAUUUGUUUUUAAUCAAUGUGUCAUUAUUAAAUCAAUUAGGAUACGCAUUUUAAACAUAGUUUGACUAUAUUCUGUGAUGAAUAAUCUAGUAAGGCAACACAACAUCAGAUUCUGAUGAAAUAAUUUGCUACAAAAGUCUAUUGUUUUACAUAUCUUCUUGUAUCCGAUUAAAAACUACACACAUACAUAGUACUACUAUAGUGAAGCAA